GCAUGGCGGUGCUGCCCGCAAGGUCACCGAGCCGCCGCAGUGGUGGGGAUCGGCCAACUCGCUGGCCCGCCCGGCAGUGUGCUCCCUCAACGAUCUGCUGCACCAUCUGCAGACGGACCCGCUCGAUAUCCUCAUCAUCGACAUCCGGCCCCGAGGCGCUGUUGUCAUCAUCCGCGAGUCCUGGAACCCGGGUGUCGGCAUCCCGCAGCUCAGCGCCGAUUCGGCCGACCUCGCGGCGCUGUAUCCCAAGAUGGCCCAGGCCCUCGAGCGAGUCCUUCGAGAGAGUUCCCACGACCCGAUCUCGCCAUGCUGGAAGCGCCUCGAGUCCGGCAAGCUGCUGCUGGUGGACGACGACGGCUUGCCCAACGGACCGGCCUUCCAGAUCUCAGCCCACCUGCAGCUCGGCUACGCACGGCGCUUCAAGGACAUUCUCUGGCUCGAGUCGGGUGUCCAAGGCGUGCAGCGGACAUGGCCGCUGCUUUGCGUCAAUCGCACAUUCUCGCCCUCGUCCAUGAGCAUCAAGGCAGCACUCAAGCCCAUGAGCGAAGAGCAGCAGAUGCGGUAUCAUCUGCUUGGAGACGGCAAUGGCGAGUCGCUCUAUGCCGAUCCCAGCGUGCUCGAGUCUGUCACUCGCCGGAUCCACCUGUACUCGCUGCUGUCGACUCCACAUCGCAAGCCCGAGCUGCACAGACCCGACGAGAUCAUUCCGUCGUUUCUGUACCUGGGCCCGCAAGAAUCGGCGCACCCCGACCAUCUCCGGAGCCUGGGUAUCGCCAAUGUCGUCCGCAUCGGCUUCAACUACCCCAGCGCGCCGCCGCAUGUGCGCUGCCAUGACUUUCAGCUCGACGACUUACCCCAGGCCCGGAUCGACAAGGUGUGGUCUUCGACCAACGAGAUCCUCGAGCACAUCCGGAUCAAAAAAGAGCGAGUGCUGGUCCACUGCCAAGCGGGUGUUUCCCGCAGCGUUGCAGUGGUGCUGGCUUAUCUGAUGCGCUGCCAGAAGCGGAGGCUCCGGGAAGCUUACGAGCAAGUGUAUCGGGCACGUCCGAUUGCCUCGCCAAAUCCUGGGUUCUGGAACUUUCUUGAAAACUACGAAAAGGUUCUCUUUGGCCUGCCCAAGACAACGCUGCCGCUCUUCUGGAUGUACAACUUUCAUCGGUACUUGGACAUGAAGUAUCGCGCCAGUCGGUGCACAAGUAUUCCGGAGAUACAGAGCUCGUCUUGAUGCCGACUUUUCGACGACAAACUUGAAUUGGUGCUAUGGGUGCUAUAGGUGCUAUAGGUGCUAUGGGUGCUGUGGGUGCUGUGGGUGAUGUGGAUGUGUGGCUCUGCGGCGUUGCCCGAUUAUACCAAGCUAGCAUCGACCACAUACCCCCGAUAUGAAUCGCCACCGGUGUAUCUGUUGAAUAGUUUUGUAUGCGUGCUCAUGCAUCGCUGCCGCUGCCGCUGCCACCCUUCUGCACCAACGGAUCCAUCCAUCAGUUCAACCAUCGCAUGCUGUGAGCGGACUCGCCUCGAACACGAUUGAUACCACUAAAGAUACUCGCCGUGCUGGAAACGGAUCG